AUGGUGACUGUUAGUCCAAGAGAAGGAGAAAGGUAUUAUUUGAUGUUGCUUUUAACCAACAUUGCUGGACCGACCUUUUUUGAAGACCUUUUGACUAUUAAUGGACAAAAAUUAGCUUCGUUUAGAGAGGUCGCUUUGGCUCUCAGACUUUUGUAUUCUGAUGCAUACAUAGAGGACACUCUUCAGGAGGCAAUUGCGUUUCAAAUGCCGUCCUCGUUAAGGUUAUUGUUUGCCACUCUCCUUGUCUAUUGUUCUCCAACAGAUCCUAGGUCGCUUUGGAAAAAAGUUGAACUCGAACUCUCUGCUGACUAG